AUGUCAACGAUACCGGCUAAGUUGAACGCACUAUCGCCAGCGGUGAAGACUAUGUUCACUAGAUGCAUGGGGGCAGCCUCCCGUUUCCAAGACCCCAAUUUCAAGCAGUACUUCCAGCGAAUUACCAACUCGGAUUUUGACCGUUUCGCGGCCCUCGACGAGGCGACGCGAGCAUCACAAGAACCGGACUUCCUCAAGGAGCAGGAGAAAAACUUCGCAAUCCUUGAUCGACAAAGCUACAUCAGCGAUCUGUAUUACAGUGAUCACUUCCACACUACUAAGAAGUAG